AUGAAACAAAUUUUAACAAUUAGUAAAUAAAAUACAAAUUUUUGUUUUUAUGAUGAACUGGACAAUCUUAUUAAUAUAACAAAACUGGAUGAAUUCAAUUAGGAAUCAUUAAUAAAUUAAAUUAAUGAUAUUAAUAAAUCAUGGAACUAAAAAAUAACAAAUAACUUCAUUUCUUUUAAAUAGUUUAUAGAAUGUCUAAAAUUAGAAGAUAUAUCAAAAAAGUAAGAAAAUAAAAAUGAAAUAACAGAGAAUGCAAGAUAAUAUAUAUUAAUUGAUGGAAACUAAGAAACAAAUAUUAAAAAAUAAAAGGAAGUAGAAAAUUAAUAGUAAUAAUUAGAAAAAUAAUAGUUGAUUAUUGAUAAAUAAAUUGAAUUAACAUUAAUAGAUGAUUCAAAUUAGUAGAGUUUAUAUUGUUAUGCAAUAGUGUUUGAUAAUAAAGAAUAAAUUAUGAUUUCAACUUGUAAUAAACAAAUUAAAAUUUGGAAUUUUUAUAAAGGAAAAUUUAAAUUAUCUCAUACUUAUGAAAAACAUUAAAAAGCUGUUACAUCUUUAGUUUAUAGUAAAUUUUAAAAUCAUUUAUUUCUGGUUCAGAUGAUAAAACAAUUAUAUGUUGGCAAUAAAUUAAUCAAAAAGAGUGGAUUUUUUCAUAACCUUAUAAAAAUCAUAAAAAUAAUGUUUAUUGUUUAACAUUAAAUAGAUAAGAAGAUUAACUUAUAUCAGGAGGAUCUGAUAAAAUAAUAAUAGUCUGGUAGGUAGAUUUUAUGAAGAAUGAAUUGACAAUCCUUUAUUCUUUAGAUAGUCAUGCUAAUAGCGUAUUUUCUGUCAGUUUGAAUUAAAGUGAAUCUCUUAUGGCAGCGGUUAUCAUGAAUUUAUAAUAUGGGAGAAAGGACUUGAAAGUAAAUGGGAAUUGAAAUUUAAAUAAGAUAUAUCAGCUGAUGGAAAAAAAAUUCAUUUUAUUAAUGAUUAAUAAUUUGUUUGGGUACCUCUAAAUUGUUUGUUAAUGAUCUUUUGGUAUUUGAAUCAUAAAAUGGAAUCUUUUAAUUAAAUUCUAAUAAGACAAUAACUUUAAUAAGGAAUCAUCAAUGUGAAGAUGCAUCUUAUUUUCCAAUUAUACAUAAUAAGGAUAAAAAUAUAAUAUUAGUAAGACACAAGCAUCAUAUCUAUUUAAUUAGAGAAUUGA